AUGGGGACACAAGAAGGUCUUGGGGACAUCCUGGAUCCUUGUCCCCAAGGGUUCCCAGUGUCCCUGAGGGACAUGGGGACACAAGAAGGUCUUGGGGACAUCCUGGAUCCUUGUCCCCAAGGGUUCCCAGUGUCCCUGAGGGACAUGGGGACACAAGAAGGUCUUGGGGACAUCCUGGAUCCUUGUCCCCAAGGGUUCCCAGUGUCCCUGAGGGACAUGGGGACACAAGAAGGUCUUGGGGACAUCCUGGAUCCUUGUCCCCAAGGGUUCCCAGUGUCCCUGAGGGACAUGGGGACACAAGAAGGUCUUGGGGACAUCCUGGAUCCUUGUCCCCAAGGGUUCCCAGUGUCCCUGAGGGACAUGGGGACACAAGAAGGUCUUGGGGACAUCCUGGAUCCUUGUCCCCAAGGGUUCCCAGUGUCCCUGAGGGACAUGGGGACACAAGAAGGUCUUGGGGACAUCCUGGAUCCUUGUCCCCAAGGGUUCCCAGUGUCCCUGAGGGACAUGGGGACACAAGAAGGUCUUGGGGACAUCCUGGAUCCUUGUCCCCAAGGGUUCCCAGUGUCCCUGAGGGACAUGGGGACACAAGAAGGUCUUGGGGACAUCCUGGAUCCUUGUCCCCAAGGGUUCCCAGUGUCCCUGAGGGACAUGGGGACACAAGAAGGUCUUGGGGACAUCCUGGAUCCUUGUCCCCAAGGGUUCCCAGUGUCCCUGAGGGACAUGGGGACACAAGAAGGUCUUGGGGACAUCCUGGAUCCUUGUCCCCAAGGGUUCCCAGUGUCCCUGAGGGACAUGGGGACACAAGAAGGUCUUGGGGACAUCCUGGAUCCUUGUCCCCAAGGGUUCCCAGUGUCCCUGAGGGACAUGGGGACACAAGAAGGUCUUGGGGACAUCCUGGAUCCUUGUCCCCAAGGGUUCCCAGUGUCCCUGAGGGACACUAAAGGGACAUAGGGACAUCCUGGAUCCUUGUCCCCAAGGGUUCCCAGUGUCCCUGAGGGACAUGGGAGCACAGAAGGAUAAUGGGGGGACACUCCAGCACUGUGUCCCCAAGGGUUCCUCAAUGUCCCCUGGGCGCUACCUAAGGGGAGGGGGGACGGGGACAGGGAC